AUGAGGACUCCAGAGAGCCAUCAGAUAGCCAGGCCUGCUCAGGCCUACCGCUUACUUGCUCUCCUGCUAGCAUGUCAGGUCGCAUGUUCACGGAGCUCCCGUUCGACGACAUUCCUCCUUGGAAACGGGGCCUGCUGUUACAUUAAUGGCUGGAGAUACAUCGUCCUCCCCAUGGCCCACACCGAUGAGCUUGUCAUGACCGCUGUCCUCACCGUGGCAGCCUUUCACCGGGAAGCCAUGUCAAGAAGGGACGGGAUAGAAUAUGGCAUCAUGUGUAAUGCCGACGACGGUGAAUCCCGGGACCAUCAAGUCCCAUCCUGGACUGAUCCGAUUCCCACCAGCCCACAGGCUCUCUACAACAGAGCCCUGGAGGGCUUACGCCAGAGGAGUAACCUUUUGGGCAUAGCUCACGAGGACCCCGAAGCUACCAUUGCAGCUGUCCUCGUACUGCUCGUGACCACCAUGGUGACGGGAAGGGAUGACUAUGCGACCAUUCUGGGCAUGCUGUAUUCGGCAACAGAGGCCCUCGGAGGCGAAGAGAAGCUCAGCCAGACCGAGCUCGGAAAGUUUCUGAUUCGGCAGGUUCGAAAGUAA